UUUUUUUUUUUUUGGUUUUCGGAAUUGUUUUUUUGUUAAAUCGCCAACUUGGAAGAGGAUUAUCAAACAAACACGAAGAUGGACGACGAGAGCGACGAUAAGGAUGACACGAAAAGUCUUAUUUGCAGAAAAUCCCGAAAUCUGAGCGAGAAGAAGCGUCGAGAUCAAUUCAAUUCGCUUGUGAAUGAUUUGAGCGCAUUGAUAACCCCGUCCAAUCGUAAAAUGGACAAGUCAACAGUGCUCAAGUCGACAAUAGCAUUCCUAAAGAACCACAAUGAGGCAACGGAUCGUUCGAGGGUGUUUGAGAUACAACAAGACUGGAAGCCCACAUUUCUGACUAACGAUGAGUUUACGCACUUAAUGCUGGAGUCCCUGGAUGGCUUCAUGAUGGUCUUUAGCAGUAUGGGAUCCAUAUUUUACACAUCGGAAAGUAUUACCGCCCAGUUGGGCUAUUUGCCGCACGAACUGUACAACAUGAGUAUCUAUGAUCUGGCUUAUGACUUGGAGCACGAAGCUCUGCUCAAUAUUUUCCUGAAUCCCACGCCUCUCAUCGAAGCUCGCCAGACGGACAUCAAUGCCAGCAAUCAGAUCACCUUCUACGCGCAUCUGAAACGAGGUGGAAUCGAGAAAGUGGAGAAAAAUGCCUACGAGCUGAUCAAGUUUGUGGGUUACUUUCGUAACGAUGCCAAUCUGAAUACGGGCUCCAGUUCGGAUAGUCAGAGUAGCAACUCACCGACGCUGCCUCGAAUCUUCCAGCAGAAUCCCAAUGUGGAGGUGGACAAGAGUCUAGUUUUUGUGGGCACGGGUCGGAUACAGACGCCGCAACUGAUACGCGAGAUGAGCAUCAUCGAUCCCACCAGCAAUGAGUUCAUCUCGAAGCACAGCAUGGAGUGGAAAUUUCUCUUUCUGGAUCAUCGAGCGCCGCCCAUCAUUGGAUACAUGCCGUUUGAGGUGCUGGGCACCUCGGGCUAUGAUUAUUAUCACUUCGAUGACCUGGACAGCAUUGUGGCAUGCCACGAGGAAUUGCGUCAGACGGGUGAGGGCAAGUUAUGCUUUUAUCGCUUCCUAACUAAGGGCCAACAAUGGAUUUGGCUGCAGACGGACUACUAUGUCAACUAUCAUCAGUGCAACUCCAAGCCUGACUAUGUCGUCUGCACGCACAAGGUGGUCAGCUAUGCGGAGGUCCUCAAGCAAAACAAAAAGGACCGCAAGAAGGCGAACAAAGCGCCCACCUCAAAUUCAAAUGGCAGCAGCAAAUGCGCCUCGGCCACCGCAACGUUGCGUGACUUUGAGCUGACCCAUCCGAAUCUGGACAGCACGCUGCUCAACACCACGCUUGAGAAUCUAAGCAAUGAGGUAGAUGCCACAGCAACAGAUGCUGUAGAUGCCUCACCCAUGUGGUCGGCGGGGCCAGCGGCUACGGCCAGUCACUCUGGCCCCGUCAAUCCGUUGAAGACUUCAAGGCCCGCCUCCAGCUACGGCAACAUCAGCUCAACGGGCAUCUCGCCGAAGGCCAAGCGCAAGUGUUAUUUCUAUCCGAGUCGAGCCAAUGACUCGGAUUCCACAUCGAUGUCGGCCGAGUCAGUUACCAGCAGGCAGUCCCUCAUGACGCACGUCAGUUCGCAAAGUCAACGCUCCCGCACGCAUCAUGGACGUGAACGCAUUGGCAAGCACCAACAGCAGCAUCACCAGCAGCAGCAGCAACAGCAGCAACAGCAACAACAUCAACAACACCAACUACAACAUCUCAGUCAUCAGCAGUUGCAACAGCAACAGUUGCAGUCAAAGAUGGUGCCAGUGUUGCCACUGACACCGUCGCAGAUUGUUACCAGCAAUCCCUGUUCAUUUCCACAGUCCAAUUACCCUUUGGCCAGCCCGCAGAUAGUGGCACCCAGUUUCCUGGAGCCGCCACAAUAUCUGACAGCGAUACCCAUGCAACCGGUGAUGGCGCCAUUUCCAGUGGCACCCGUGUUGUCCCCGUUGCCGUUGCCAGUGCCAGUGCCAGUGCCGGUAUCGGUGGCGUUGCCCAUGCCGAUGACGGUCCAAUCGCAAUCGGAACUGCUGCCGGGCACCGUUGUGAUGACGUCGACGCAGAGCCAGAUGCAGGAUCAGCUGCAGCGCAAGCAUGACCAACUGCAGAAACUGAUCAUCCAGCAGCAGGAAGAGCUGCGCAUCGUCUCCGAGCAACUGUUGCUGGCACGCUACACGUAUCUGCAGCCCGUGAUGCCAAUGGGAAUUGCUGCCGGCAAUGUGGCUUCAGCAACGGCAGCUGCCGUUGGCAGUGCUAGUGGCAUCAAUGUGCAACGCAGCUUCCAUUUCAGUGGCAGCAACGCUGUGGAGCCGCAAUUCAAUCAAUAUGGUUUUGCGUUGAACUCGGAGCAGAUGCUGAAUCAGCAGGAUCAGCAGAUGUUGAUGCAACAGCAGCAGAAUCUGCACAAUCAGCAGCAGCACAAUCAUCAUAUGCAACAGCAUCAGCAACAGCAGAGUCAGCUGCAACAGCAGCAGCUGCAACAGCAACAAUUUCAACAGCUGCAGCAGCAGCAGCUGCAACAGCAACAAAUGCAGCUGCAAUUGCAGCAACAGCAGCAGUCGCAGAGCAACAUGUUGUCGCGUGAGGAUAUGGAGGAUAUUGAUGCAUUUCUCAAUCUAUCGCCCCUGCAACCGCUUGCAAGCAACAAUAAUAACAACAACAAUACCACGGGCAAUAGCAGCAGCAACCACAACAACAACAACAACAACAUCUCGAAUGCGCCACAAAAUACAAAUGAGGAUUCGCUGUUGUCCUACAUGCAAAUGACCACCGAGUCGAGUCCUUCGCUCAACUUCCACAUGGGCAUCAGUGACGACGGCAGCGAGACGCACAGCGAGGACAACAAAAUGAUGCACUCAUCCAAGAGUCAACUGCAUCAACAGCAGCAACAGCAACAGCAGCAGCAACAGCAACAGCAACAACAACAGCAGCACCAGCAGCAUAAUCAGCAAGUAUUGCAACAGCAGCAGCAACAUCAGCAACAGCAGCAAUUGUUGCAACAAUCGCACCAGCAUCAAUCGAACAGCUAUUUCGGCUCGAAUCCAUUUCAAUCUCUAAGCGGCAAUCAGAACCAAAGUCAGCUGCCCAACGAUCUGGAGAUAUUGCCAUAUCAAAUGUCGCAGGAGCAAUCGCAGAAUCUGUUCGAUUCGUCGCACACGGCCAACGGCAGCCAAUAACAUAUGGCCAGCACGGGGUCGUGGCAUAUAACUUGAUAUCUGAAUUCCUUAAACAUAGUUAUACUGAUAGUUGUAUGCUUAGUGAUAGUCAUAAAACAGGCAGCCGAUUAUCCAAUCCAUUUGUUGUGUAUUAGGCAAGGACUAAUCAUAAGUAUCAGGACAUCAGGCUGUCUCUCUCUGUAUUGAACAUACACAAUACCCACAACUAGUUGUAGAUCUCAACAGACUGCGUAUUGUUCUAAUCCUUAACUAACCGUAACCCAUCAUAACUGUAAGAUAUCUUUCAUGUUUGUCAAUUUGAUAAGUUCUCAAAAUUAUGUUAGGUGUAGUUAGUUAUUGAUAGAUAAUAAGAACAGCCCAAAGUUUCCAUUAGUUACCAUUAUCCAGUAAGUGCCAUAAGGCACCAAUAAGGAUCUCUGACAUGUAUAUUAACGAACCAAGCUAUCAAUUAUAUUAAUAGAUACAAUUUAGUUUAAUUAACAUGUAGAUAUGAAUUUUUAUGUGUCUCAGACAAAUCCUAAAAGCAACUAAAAUAUAAAUGUAAAUAUGCAUAAAUAAUCAAUAGAUUUUAUCAUAUCACUUGUACAUAUAUACUACGAUUGAAAUAUAUUAUUUUGAAGACUGCGCUUCGA